AUGGCUUCUCGAUUGCCCGUGUGCCGCCUGUCCGGCCAGCGCCUUACUGCCGUGUCCAGGGCUCCCCGAGCUCCUGGCCAGCUUCGCUGCAAUCUCAAGGGCCUGUCGACUUUCACUUCGCAAAGAUCGGCCCUCAAUGUCUCGUCCAAAUCUUCCGGUUUGCUCCAGGUCCCGCAGAUGGCCGAGUCGAUCACAGAGGGUACCCUGAAGCAGUUCUCAAAACAAAUUGGUGACUUCGUGGAACGCGAUGAGGAAAUCGCCACCAUUGAGACUGACAAGAUUGACGUUGCGGUCAACGCCCCGGAGUCUGGUACGAUCAAGGAGUUCCUUGUGAGUGAGGAAGACACCGUCACGGUCGGACAGGAUAUCGUCAAGUUGGAAUUGGGCGGCGCUCCUCCCGAGAAGAAGGAUGAGGGUGCUGAGAAGCCCGCGGAGCCCGCGGAGCCCGCGGCUGAGAAGCCCCAGGCGCCAAAGGAGCAGGCCAAGCCCGCGGAGCCCGAGAAGUCCAAGGAACCACAGGCGUCGAAGCCGGCCCCUGCAGAGAAGCCCAAGCCGGCCAAGUCGGAAGCCCCCAAGUCGCAGGGUGCUACCGAGUCCACGCCUGCGUUUGGCAGCCGUGAAGAGCGCCGCGUCAAGAUGAACCGGAUGCGCCUGCGGAUUGCCGAGCGCCUGAAGCAGUCCCAGAACACUGCAGCGUCCCUCACCACGUUCAAUGAAGUGGACAUGUCGUCUCUGAUGGAGUUCCGCAAGCUCUACAAGGAUGACGUGCUCAAGAAGACCGGAGUGAAGCUGGGAUUCAUGAGCGCCUUCUCCCGCGCUUGUGUCUUGGCCAUGAAGGAUGUCCCUGCAGUCAAUGCCUCGAUUGAGGGCCCCAAUGGCGGUGACACCAUUGUUUACCGGGAUUAUGUCGACAUUAGCGUUGCUGUCGCCACCGAGAAGGGCCUUGUGACGCCUGUCGUGCGCAACACGGAGAGCAUGGACCUGGUUGGUAUUGAGAAAGCGAUCGCCGACCUGGGCAAGAAGGCUCGCGACAACAAGUUGACCAUUGAGGAUAUGGCCGGUGGCACGUUCACCAUCAGCAACGGUGGUGUCUUUGGCUCCCUGAUGGGCACUCCCAUCAUCAACCUGCCCCAGACUGCCGUUCUGGGUCUCCACGCCAUUAAGGAUAAGCCGGUGGCCGUGAAUGGGAAGGUCGAGAUCCGCCCGAUGAUGUACCUGGCCCUCACAUACGAUCACCGUCUCCUAGACGGCCGUGAGGCUGUGACUUUCCUGGUCAAGAUCAAGGAAUACAUCGAGGACCCGCGGCGCAUGCUGCUUGGGUAG